AUGGCACGGCAGCUGCGGCAGCUGCAACUAAUCAAUGCUGCUGAGCUCGUACAGUGCGCAUUGCUUCCAAGCCUGUGCUGCAAAGGUCUGGCUGCAACGGAGUCCACCUGCAAGGAGAUGAAGCAACUCAUCGUAGCAGGCGAAUUUUGGACGCAAUGGUUCAGCUUAUCUUUGCCAGACUUUGAGCUGACGGGAGAUUGCCUAGGCAUUUUGACACAAGGUGACACCGAAAGCCGGGCACAGGCCAAAAAGUUGCUGGGCACCUUCUGGAGGACUCUAUCUGUGAGUCACACAAUGAUUGAAUUCCAGGGAAUGCGACUGCCCUUGACAAGCUUCGCCUCCGUGAAGCAACUUUUGUUAAAGGUGGAGCAGGCACUGGCCAAGACGCGUCGGCGCCACAAUGGAGUUCCGGGGCGCGUUCUGCUGAGACACAUACGCUUCUGUCAGGAGGCCCAAGCACCUGCUCCCUACCGCGGAACUGAUGCGAUUUGCCAAGCUUGUGAGCCAAUCUGCUUUGAGAUGGAGAGCCCCUCUGGUGGAGUCCAACAGCUCGCGCUCCAGCUCAAGUGGGUGGAGAACGAGGUCCGCUUACGAGUCAUGCUGGUGGAGAACGGCAAGUGCCCGUUUCCAGUGCCAGAAGGCUCUCCUAGCCGCACUUUGUCGGUGGAUGUCCUGGCCUUGUGCAAAGUGCCACUACUGGCUACACGAGGGUCGCAGGUGAAAGUAGGUGCUGGCUGGUACCCAACCAGCGGCAUUACGGCAGCACUCCUUCCUCAAGCAGAGCUCUGGAGGGUGCUUGAGAAGGGCCUCACCUGUGUCAUCGCGGUCGCUGAUUUCAUUGAUUGUCCUGAACUUUUAGCACAGGUGAAUCUCAGCUACGUGAACUGCCUGUCAUUGCAAUUCCCCUGA